CGCUUGCCUGAGAAAUGGUUUCAAUCGCACUUGUAACCACAGCCAAGGGCGAUCAAGCACCCCUAUCAUUGCAACUCCAACACACGAGAUGUCUGCAACUGCUGCCGCCAAUCUCUUACUCGUGGGGAAUCUCUCGGAAGCGCUCAGCAUUGCGGCCUGACUGCCUGGAAAGUAUCUAACUAGCUGUUUGCGGACGACGCAGUGGGUCAGGAGUUUAGUGGAGCAGACAUGGCGCGUUGACAAUGCGUGAAAUCGUGCGCUCGCAUUGAUAUAAAGAUCUCGAGAAAGACGGCUAUAGCAUGCAUCCUAUCGCUCAUCCUCUCCUUCACAGCCUAUCCCUCUUUUCUAUCAGCUUGACGCUGCUUCUGUUUCUAUACCCUCCUUACACAUUAUUACAGCCGGGCUGUCACCACCGAUUAACCCACCCGUUCUUUAAACGAUUCCGCGUCCAGAUAUAAUUAUCAUGCAUUUCUCCACCAUCACCAUCCUCUCCCUCUCCGCGCUCAGCGUCGCCCUCCCCACCGCCAAGCGCCAAAACGGCGCCUCCGUCCUCGGCAACGCAGCCUACAACGAUAUCUCCAUCUCCGGCGGUACCGCUGGAAACGCCGAGGCCGAGGCCCUCGCCAUCUUCGCGAACCUCGACACCGCCAACCCAGAGAACAUCUCCAAAGAUGACCAGGACACCCUGAACCAGGUCAACCAGGUAGCCAACGACGCCGAGACCGGUGCGUUCAACCCCGCCAUCAAGGCGGCCAGCGGCGACGAGGCGACGGCUUUGCAGAACGGCAAGAUCAAGAACAAGGUACUCAAGCUUGAGGCCACCGUCUUGAAGCUCCAGGCGCAGCAGGCUCAGGGUAGCGAUGUUGCCGACAAGCUGGCUGAGGAGCAGAAGAAGCUUGCCAACAACAUUGCCCUUGACAAGGCUGCUGCGGGUCAGGCUAGCACUUUCUUGCCUUUUGAUGCGCAGGUCACUGGUGCUGGGCCUGCUAUCGGUGCUGCCGCCGGCGGUAACGCUGCUGCUGGCAGUGCUGCUGCUGUGGACAAUACUGCUACGGGCAGCAAGGGCGCUAAGAAGGGAAAAAGCGCCGUUGUUGUUCGGAAUGAUGCUGCGGAUGAGGCCGACGAUGUUGAGGACGAAGCUGACGACCAGGCCGAGGACGAGGCUGACAACCAGGCCGAGGACGAGCAGGAUGACGAGUAGGCAUACAGAGCUACAAACGCACCUGAGGGGGGAAGGGCGUCUUGAUGAAGUAGCAUCGGUUUGCGCAUCAUCGAGAACCAGGAAAAGAGAGUUGUAUCAGUGUCUACAUCCAAGCAAGGAAGUCAGACAAUCUUCUUAGGUUUAUAUUUGCAAUUUUCAAAAUGGCAAGAUUGCCGCCACAC